CGGCCGCGCUCGCUUCUCGCGGAGGGGAGGCCGGGGGCUGCCUCGCCUCGCCUCGCCUCUGCCCGGCGCCUUCGGGCCGCCUCCCUCGCCGUCCAGCUUCGGAGCGUCGCUUUCUGGCGGCUGCGGCGGCAGGUCGCGGCUCCAGCCUGGGAGGGGGCGCAGCGCCCGCAGCCCGUCGGCCGGCCGCAGCGCGUUUCUCUCGGCCGCGAGCAAGAUGCGUGCAGGGGGGACGGUGCUGCUGGCUGUCCUGUGUGUAGCUGCGCCUCUGGUGAAAGGGGGUGGAAAGAAAUUUUAUCAUGGACCAUGCGGGGGUCGCGACUGCAGCGCCGGCUGCAAAUGCUUUCCGGAGAAAGGUGCUCGGGGUCAACCGGGACCAAUUGGAAGCCAAGGACCGACGGGUGCCCCCGGGUUUACCGGAUCAGAGGGCUUGAGAGGGCCAAAAGGGGAAAGAGGGAGAACAGGCGCUCCAGGCGCUGCUGGACAGAAGGGAGAUAAGGGCCCAAUGGGAGUUCCUGGAUUCCAAGGAAUAUAUGGGAUUCCUGGACACCCUGGCCAGCCAGGACGCCGAGGUCUACCUGGCCUGGAUGGCUGCAAUGGUACCAUCGGGAGUCCUGGCGUCCCAGGAUCAGAUGGAUUUCCUGGUUUGCAGGGGCCACCGGGUCGUCAAGGUCCAAAAGGUCUAAAAGGAGAACCUUCCUUUGCCCGAGGAGUUUUUAAAGGAAUUCAGGGAGAAAGGGGUCUUCCUGGACUGGAUGGUGGUAGCGGUCCGAAUGGCCGCCCAGGUCCACCAGGCCCUGCUGGCCCAGUUGGGCCAACUGGUGUGAAGGGGUUGCCAGGCCGGCCUGGACCCCCAGGUCUUAAAGGGAACAUGGGUUUGGGUUUCCAGGGAGAGAAAGGGGAAAAGGGAGAUGUGGGGCUCCCAGGCCCUGCUGGACCUCCACCUUCCACUGGGAUACUGGAAUUCAUGGGGUUCCCCAAAGGGCAGCAAGGAGCAAAGGGCAUUCCAGGCCCCAAAGGAUUUCCUGGACUCCAAGGCCUUCCAGGGCUUCCAGGCUUUGGGGCUUUUGGAGAAAAGGGGGAAAAAGGUGUGCCUGGCAUGCCAGGACCGAGGGGAGACAUGGGGUUGAAGGGAUUCAUUGGUGCCGCAGGUGGAAAGGGCCUAAGAGGUGCCUCUGGUUUUCCUGGACAGGAUGGAUUUCCAGGAGGAAAGGGCGAAUGGGGUGACAUCGGGCCACCAGGCCCCACGGUUCAUAUUGAUAUAGAUGGUUCCAUAAUCUCAGGCCCUCCCGGAGAACCUGGGACACCAGGUGCCGCAGGCCCUAGAGGUGAUGAAGGGACUAUAGGCAUACCAGGUCUUCCUGGUCCACCUGGAUUUCCCGCCCCAGUUCCAGGCCCUCCAGGUCGCUUGGGAUUCCCAGGUGUGCUAGGUCAAAAAGGUGAAUCUGGAGCUCCAGGAAGAGAAGCGAUUGGGUUCCCUGGUCCUCCUGGCCGAGACGGAGCUCCAGGUUUGCCGGGAGCUCCAGGGCUUCGUGGCCCAUCACGUACCAUACAUACACCAGGAGCAUUACUUGAUGGAGAACCAGGAGAGCAAGGAAAUCCUGGACCGAGAGGGCCACCAGGGUCGCUUGGUUCAAAAGGAUACAAAGGUGAUGCAGGUGACUGUGCUUGCGAUGGAGGAUUCUCAGGAGUUGGCUUGAGAGGGGAGCCUGGCUCCCCUGGUCACCCCGGAAGACCAGGUGAAAUUGGCCCCAAGGGACUUCUAGGGGAUUCAGGGGACAGUGGCUUUCCAGGGUCCCCUGGACCAUCGAAUAUAUUCGGUCAGCCUGGUCUUCCUGGCCAUAAGGGAGAAAAAGGAGAACCGUCUUUUGCCACUGGCAGAGGCUUCCGGGGAGAUCCAGGAGAUAUAGGCCGAAUAGGUCCUUCAGGGAUUCCAGGGCCUCCUGGUAGGGAUGGCGUCUCAGGAUUGCCAGGUCAACCCGGCCCUCCGGGUGAUGGUGGCCUGGGCUUUCCAGGGGACAAAGGUCUGCCAGGAUUGCCUGGUUUGAAGGGUCGGCGGGGUGAGGUGGGUCCUCUCGGCGGUAGUUAUCCAGGCCCAAAUGGAAAUCGUGGGCCGCAAGGUGAACCAGGAUUUGAUGGACAUCCAGGUCAGCCUGGUCCUCCAGGUCUUAAAGGUAUGACGUUGCCCUGCAUAAUCCCUGGACCACCUGGUCCACCUGGGCUUCCAGGUCCUCUAGGAGUUCCAGGUUCCAAAGGUAGCAAAGGGUUUCCAGGGGCUCCAGGGCAUCCUGGAUUACGUGGCAUCAAAGGGCAGCCAGGCACACCAGCAUUAACUGGGCUCCCAGGAGUACCAGGUUUUCCUGGUGUUCGUGGAGACGCAGGGUUUCAAGGACUUCCAGGGACUGAUGGAACAGACGGGUUACCUGGAAAGCCAGGUUCUCCCGGCUUGCCAGGCGCAAAGGGACCACAUGGUGAAGUGCUUGGAGCUGAAAGAGGACCUCAGGGGGAUCCAGGACGGCCAGGGUGGCCAGGAGAGAAAGGCAUGGCUGGAAAUCCAGGGUUUCCUGGACAGAAAGGACAGGAUGGAAGGCCAGGUCUGUCAGGAAUAAAAGGUGGACGUGGGGAACCAGGUUUUCCUGGUGCUGAUGGACCACGAGGACCUCCAGGGCCUGGAGGCCCAUCAGGUGUAAAAGGAAUACCAGGUCCGGUGGGCACAGCUGGCUUCCCAGGAGCACAAGGAUCUCCUGGAGGAAAAGGCCGACCUGGUGAUCCAGGCCCACCUGGCCCCGCUGGCAUGAAGGGCUUCCCAGGUCUUGAGGGUCUUCCAGGACGACCUGGUGAAAGAGGAUUUCCCGGCCCUCUUGGCCUUUUUGGCUCCGAUGGAAAUCCAGGAUUCCCCGGAUCCAAAGGUGAAAAGGGUUCAGCUGGCUUGCUUGGCUUCCCUGGCAUGCCAGGCCCACCUGGAGUCCCUGGAGUGAAUGGGGUGAAAGGAGUGCUCGGUAUACCAGGAAGAGAUGGAAUACCUGGCUUUUCUGGAGCCCAGGGCCAGAAAGGAGAAAGAGGUGAUCGUGGUCCCCCUGGUCGCCCCAGCAGAGCUCCAGAAAUGUUCGUUACGGUUAAAGGAGACAGAGGAGAGCCUGGAUCUAUAGGACUUGGUGGAUUUCCAGGGCCUCGAGGGGACAAAGGACUCCCUGGGCCUCGUGGACAGCCAGGCCUCCUGGGAAUUGCUGGGUUACCAAGCAGAGAGAAAGGGCUGAGAGGAGACCCAGGCCUCCCAGGAGCACUUGGUUACCCUGGCUUUGUGGGACAGAAAGGAACAGCUGGCAUUGUGGGGUUUCCAGGACUGCCAGGAGAAAGUGGCGCUGAGGGCUCACCAGGUCCUCCUGGUAUCUCAGGAUCUGUGGGAUUGCGUGGUCCAAAAGGUGACCGUGGGGAGACAUUUGGCUUCCCUGGGGCUGUAGGACCUAAAGGUGAACGAGGGGACUCUGGGAUUCCUGGUGGAAAAGGAAUUGAGGGACCAAAAGGUGAGCCUGGAUACCGAGGAGGCAGCGGGCUGACUGGACCAAAAGGUGUGCCAGGUGACCCUGGCCAAGAAGGACCACCAGGCUUCUCUGGAAUUGGUGGUUUCCAAGGAAGUGCAGGUUUUCCAGGUAGCCCAGGACAACGAGGCCCCCCAGGAUUUUCUGGACUCCCUGGCAUAGCAGGGCUGAAAGGACACCCUGGCCUUUUGGGUUUGGAUGGCCUCAAUGGCUUACAAGGCACAAAAGGGCCGCCUGGAACACCAGGUCCAAGUGAAACUGGACUUAAAGGCCCUGCGGGGCUUCCAGGUGUCAAAGGGGAACAAGGUGUCCCAGGUAUUCAGGCUGGAGGCCCAGGGCCCCCUGGCCUGAAAGGAGCUACAGGAGACACAGGACUUCCUGGUACCUUAGGUUUGCCUGGUUUGCGAGGACCUCCUGGCCUCUCUUUUCCAUCUCGAAUUCCUGGGAGACCUGGAGAUGCUGGAAACCCAGGAGAAGAUGGUUUACCAGGCUCCCAAGGACCCCCUGGGCCCCAAGGACCCCCAGGCCCAGCCUUCAAUCAAGGUGACACAGGCACCCCAGGCUUUCCUGGCCUUCCUGGUUUGCCAGGCUUCAAAGGUGAUCCGGGGAUCCCUGGGCUAACUGGAAUUCCAGGAGCAUCAGGAUUCAAAGGCUUGAGAGGUGACCCAGGCUUCAUGGGAAUGCCAGGUAAAGAUGGACCCCCAGGGGAUCCAGGUUUCCCUGGCCCAAAAGGUGAAAAAGGCCAUCGAGGUUUCCCUGGCCUCCAAGGUCCUCCAGGCCGCACACAGAAGCCUGAACAUCUCACAGCACCUCCUGGUGAAACGGGACUUCCAGGAAUUGAUGGCAUCCCUGCUUCUAAUGGUGACCCUGGGCCUCAGGGACUACCUGGAUCACAAGGCCCAAAAGGGAAGGCAGGCAGACCUGGCCAGAUGGGAUCCAGUGGAUUUCCUGGAUUUCCUGGUAUAGUAGGAGAUCCUGGACCCCCAGGUAGUCCAGGGUCACAGGGACCAGAAGGCAUUGCUGGGACGCCAGGCCCUUCCGGCUUGCCUGGGAUGCCAGGCCGCAGUGUGGGCGUUGGCUAUACCCUGGUGAAGCACAGUCAGUCAGAACAGAUCCCACCAUGCCCAGUAGGCAUGAGCAAGCUCUGGGAAGGCUACAGCUUGUUGUACGUGGAGGGCCAAGAGAAGGCGCAUAACCAGGACCUUGGUUUUGCCGGCUCCUGCCUGCCUCGCUUCAGCACCAUGCCUUUUAUUUAUUGUAACAUCAACGAGGUGUGCUACUACGCCAGCCGCAAUGACAAGUCUUACUGGCUGUCCACCACCGCCCCGAUCCCCAUGAUGCCGGUCAGCAGCUUCCAGAUCCGCCAGUACAUCAGCCGCUGCUCAGUGUGUGAAGCUCCUUCCCAAGCCGUGGCCAUUCACAGUCAGGACAUCACCAUCCCCCAGUGCCCAGAAGGCUGGCGCAGUCUCUGGAUCGGAUAUUCCUUCCUGAUGCACACAGCAGCUGGAGCAGAAGGUGGCGGUCAGUCACUUGUUUCCCCUGGAUCUUGCCUGGAGGAUUUCCGAGCCACUCCAUUCAUAGAAUGCAACGGUGCCCGAGGAACCUGCCACUAUUUUGCAAACAAGUACAGCUUUUGGCUGACCACAGUAGAACAAACUCAGCAAUUUGUCCACCCGCCUCUCUCAGAAACGCUGAAAGCGGGACUGCUCCGGACACGAGUGGGCCGAUGCCAGGUGUGCAUGAAGAACUUGUAGCAAAGGUUCCAACCAGUGGAUGCCAACAAAGAGGCUUGCACGCUGAUUUGGCUGGAGGUCAAGGAACACACACAGAUUUCUUUCAGCUGUGGUAACAAUCCUGAGGGAACCCGCAAAACCAGGUUUUCCCACAGUUAGGGGGAGAAAUCCCCCUCUGGGACUUGUGUCUGUGUCACAGAACAUGGUGCUACAUAUUUUUCUUCCUGGCUACCUCAAAAAGCCUUUCUUUUUUUCCCAGUAGCUGCAUCUGACUGUUCCCUCCUCUCAGUGAGAUGCCCGACAGGUUUAUAAUAGGAUUUCAAGCGGACUCUGAGAGGGGGGGGGGUCUGGCCAUUAGGCAGGCUUCACAUGUUAAUGAGCUGAAACCUGCAGAUAACUCCACAAAAGUGACCAGGCCAAAAAAAAAAAAAGUCUUGUAGCUUGCCUGCGUACACAACUAUUUUAGUAAUUUGUUUUAUGCCUAAAAGUACCACAAGCUGGGCAUACGUUGCCCCACCAAUUGCUGGUAUUCAGUCACAUCCUGCCUCUGAAUCUGGAGAUUUCAUUUCACUGUUGUGGCUACUAGUAACCAUUGCAAGACCUACCCUGUAUUCAUUUGUCUGUUGGAGGACAGGAAUGCAGGAGACAGAACUCCCAGCGGUUUUCCUAUAUAAACGUGAAGACCUUGUCUGGAGAGGGGAUGGGGGGGUGGUUAAAGCCUUCCAUUCUGUGCCCUUUUCCUGACUUCAAAUAGCCCUGCGGGGCUGCUGUCUUGCCCCACUUGGAGCAAACGUAGAGGUCCUGGAUCAAUUGCCAGUUAUGCUUUCCAAACGGGGAAAAUAAAGGCUUUACAUUUCAGGUCAAGAAAGUGGUGCAGGGGGAGGGUUUCAACUUGGCCUUUCCCUUGAUCCUGAUCCAGAGCGUUUCCUACGUGCUUAAUCACAUGGCUUCAGCUGUCCUCUCAGAUGUAGCUCACUUUCAUUUGGCUGGCUGAAGUCUCUGUGAUGGAUUGGUAUUAGUCUCAACAUGAGUGAUCCCCAUAUGUUUUAUGGAAUAUAUUCUGCACUCCUCUGCUUUGCCUGAUCUUCUCUGCUGUUGUCACUUCGGGCUUGUGAUGCAGUUGUAUUCGGGACAGUGAUGGGGUUACCAACAAAUCCACCUGUGAAAUUUCUAACCAGGUCAAUGAAGGUUGGGAGCUUUAGAUGGCACACCUAAGAACUUAGGAUCAAAACACACAAGACAAAAUACACUUGAAUUACACUCGAAUUACAAAAUACUCAAUUUACCUGUGUAAUUCGAGUGUAUUUUGUCUUGUGUGGUGAGACCCUUAGUUUCACCCUGUGUAAAAAGCCACACUCUACCACUGUUAAUAGCAGAUGUCAAACUCCAUUCCGACUCCAUGACCCUUGUUGACAGUUAUUGGGUAACCCUGACUCUGUCUGACUAUUUGCAUAUGGUGUUACCUGAACCCAAGUGAAACUUCCUUUUCUCUUGGGUUUUGUAGCUAUAUAUUUGGCCUUAUCUUUCAGAGGUAGCCUUGGAACUGUUAAUACCUAAGUAGUAAUAGACUAUUAAACACUUUCGGUUUAUGCUGAUGUUAACACUGAGAUGGUGGCUGAAUCUUUUAUACUACUCAAACCAUUUCAUUUUCAUCUUCCUUCUGCCAAUUUUUGAAAAAAUGACUUUUUAAUGCACUGCUGAAAGCAUCUUUAGGGCACUGAUUGUACUUUUCAUUGUUAUUUUUAACUCAGAGCCAUAAACCAGAAAAAAAUGCCA